AUGGCCAAGCUUUCACGUGGUGCCCCUGGUGGCAAGCUCAAGAUGACCCUCGGUCUCCCUGUCGGUGCUAUCAUGAACUGCGCCGACAACUCCGGUGCCCGUAACCUUUACAUCAUCAGUGUCAAGGGUAUUGGUGCCCGCCUGAACAGACUGCCCGCUGGUGGUGUUGGUGACAUGGUCAUGGCCACCGUCAAGAAGGGAAAGCCCGAGCUCCGCAAGAAGGUCCACCCCGCCGUUAUCGUCAGACAGUCCAAGCCCUGGAAGCGCACUGACGGUGUCUUCCUCUACUUCGAGGACAACGCCGGUGUCAUUGUCAACCCCAAGGGUGAGAUGAAGGGAUCCGCCAUCACUGGUCCCGUCGGCAAGGAGGCUGCUGAGCUGUGGCCCCGUAUUGCCAGCAACUCCGGUGUCGUCAUGUAA